GAAAGUUGCAAAACUUUUAGGAAUUGUUUUUCAUCUCCCGCGCCUAACAUAUUUCUGUCAAAUCUCCACCGUCGACCAAACCCUAACCGUCGUUCGCCGCUGCCCGAGUCCGUUUCUCUCUCUAAUCUCUCAGAUCGCCACUUCCUUCGAAGCCAAGGCUGAAUCUCAUUUCCUCAUUAAAUAGGCUGAGAAAUCAAAAGCCUCCCUGGUGGCUUUCUUCGACUGCAUGAAACUAAAUGUACAGGAUUUUUUAUUUUGGAAUGUGGGCAGGGUUUUCCAUGCUUCAUUUUCGUGGUCUCAAAAUCAUAAAUUUUAAGGGAAAAGUGACAGUAGCAGUGUAGCAAGGUUCCAGCGCGACCAUGGUCGCACCAACCUAAGAAGCCUGACUUCAACGGAAUUUCUUCACGUUGAGAUAUAACUGUGCUGAUGAGCAUGAGGUGGAAGUUGCUUUGAAGAUUUGGUGAUUUGAUUUUCUCCUCUAGCCAGGUGGAUAUUCUGGCAUGCUGAGAGUAUCAUGAACUGUUCAGAUUUAUUAUUUCAAGGUCUCAGGAUACUUAAUUUGAUUAUAAGAAAAGCUGUAUGCAAAAGCUGCUGGUCAAGCUUCUUGAGAGACUCACAUUCCACAUCUCUCUCUCCCCUCUUCAACUUAUGCCACCAGAUUUUCCUGUUACUCAUGGAUGUAGACUUGAAACGAACUAUUCAGUUUCUUCUAGAAAGAAAUGUAGCUGUCGUGGUCCAUGAUCAACAUGAUCUCAAUCUCAGCCGCAGUCGUGAGGUACUUUUACCAAAUGCAAAGGCAGGUCUUAAAGAAAAAGAGAAAGAAAAAGCAAGCUCUUCUGGCAAGGGAAAGACAAAUGCAACAAGUCAACAAGUGGCAUCCAAUAAUGAUGUUAUUUCAAAAGCUGCUUUGGCUCAACGUGCACGACGACAACGAGAAAGAGACGCAAAGCGGCAACUGGCAAAACGUACACACCAGGAACGAGAGGAAUCAGGAGAAUGUAUGCAACCUACACAACCUAGAUUCUUUCCUGCUUUAAUACCAAGCCGCCGCCGCCGCGCACUCCUUGAACGGGCAAAAAUGAAGGCAAUAAAAGUGAAUGCCAUUCAAUCAACGUCACUAUCAACUGAAAAAAUUGAAAACGCACCACAACAGACAGUGGUUACAAAGGCGCUGGCGUCAUCAUCAACGACUGCUGUCCUUUCGCAAUCAACAUCUCUAUCAACCGAAAAAACUGAAAAUGCACCACAACGGACGGUGGUUACAAAGGCUCUGGUGUCAUCAUCGACGACUGCUAUCCUUUCGCAAGAGCCAAAUUUUGUGCAUAAUCCUAUCAAUGGAAGAAGUCUACCAUUGGUGAGAAAUAUGCUUAGUCAACCUAAACGAUCUGAGUUACAUUCUUUGCCGCCUCCGCGAAAUCUUGGAAUAGAACCAGGAAGAAAAAUAAUUCAGCAAGGGUUACAUUUUAAGGCUCUUGGGGGGCCUUCUUCAAGCACCCCUUGGAAUUUCUCACUGAGCAAUAAUGGUGGAAACAAGCAUCUCAUUAACCCUGGUCACAGAUUUAAGAUGGAAUUAGGUAGGGGAAAAGUUCAGGACAAUAUGGGGAAGUAUGCUAAUUGUCCUCAAUUGAGACAGUGCCCUCUCAAGCCAGAAAUUUGCCUUAAACAAACUCCGAUGCAGCCGAAGUAUGUUCAUUUUGUUCCUGUGGCAACGACAAAUUACAGGGCUCCAGUGAUGACAUUUCCAUACGGUGGGUCGUCAGUUCGUGAUUCUCUUGGCAAACCUGGUAUUUCCUUGCAUUCUGUUCAAUCCACUUGCCAUAUGGGUACAGCGGAUGUUCCUCGUUCAAUUGGUUCCAAGGGUUCUGAUGAUAAGCAGAGGACAUUCCCACACGGUGGACCGUCAGUCCGCCAUUCUCUUGGCAAACCUGGUAUUGCCUUGCAUGCUGUUCAAUCUGAUUGCCAUGAGGCUACAGCGGAGGCUCCUCAUUCAAUUGGUUCCAGGGAGUCUGAUGAUAAGCAGAGGGAUUUUCUUGGCAAACCUGGUAUUGCCUUGCAUGCUGUUCAAUCUGAUUGCCAUGAGGCUACAGCGGAGGCUCCUCAUUCAAUUGGGUCCAGGGAGUCUGAUGAUAAGCAGAGGGAUUCUCUUGGCAAACCUGGUAUUGCCUUGCAUGCUGUUCAAUUUGAUUGCCAUGAGGCUACAGCGGAGGCUCCUCAUUCAAUUGGUUCCAGGGAGUCUGAUGAUAAGCAGAGGACAUUGCCACACGGUGGACUGUCUAUCCGCGAUUCUCUUGGUAAACCUGGUAUUGACAUGCAUGCUGUUCAAUCUGAUUUCCAUAAGGCUACAACAGAGACUCCACAUUCAAUUGGUUCCAAGGGGUCUGAGGAUAAGCAGAGGACGGAAUGGUUUUUUUGCCUACCAAACUUGUUGAAGCAACUUGAUGAGUCUGAUCAAAGGGAUUACAAAGAAAGGCUUCUGCAUUUGCCUCCAGCUGAACUUAGCCGGCAUGCGUUUGAGUUGGAGAAAAGAGCAGUCCAACUAACAAUAGAGGAAGGAAAAGAAAUGCAACGGGUGCAAGAUCUGAAUAUUUUGGGAAAUGUGGUCGACUAUUUUAACCAUUGUAAAUGACUCACAUACUCCAUCCAGUCGAAGAACUGAAAACUAACAAAGGUACUUUCGCUGCAUUGUGUUGACGACGAGAUGCAUUGAGUCGAGUUUGUUAAGAGGAGUUGGAUGCUGGGGAUGUCGACUUCUUUGAGCAUGGCUUGCUGCUUCAACAAGUUUUGGCAGCUUGGGAAAAAGUUGCUCUGGCUUCCUCAUAAUUUUUCAACUCUCAGAAAUGUUGUGUAGAGCAUUGAAUGACCCUUGGAUACUCUUUUGGGGAUGUCGACUUCUUUGAGCAUGGCUUGCUGCUUCAACAAGUUUUGGCAGCUUGGGAAAAAGUUGCUCUGGCUUCCUCCUAAUUUUUCAACUCUCAGAAAUGUUGUGUAGAGCAUUGAAUCACCCUUGGAUACUCUUUUGGGCAGGCACUCAUUAGUACCUAAUACUAGUUUUUGAAUGUAAGCAUCUCUCAAGCAGGUUUUGAAUGUAUUCGAACUCUUAGAGCUAAUGAAAUGAGUUUGAUGCU